AUGGCGGCGCCCAUGGAGAGCGCGACUAAAGGGAUUCGUUUAUCGGGAAGCGCUACCAGUUUUCAGAAAAAAUCGCGCAGUAAAUUGAUUCAGAUUCCUGGUACUAAACCGUCCGUUCAUACCGGGCAGCUCAUCAUCUCUACCGGUGUACCGUCACUGGACUGCGCUCUCGGAGGAGGACUGGCAGUGGGAAGCCUGCUGCUUAUUGAAGAGGAUGAGUCUGACAGUUACUCACAUGCAUUGCUGCAAUAUUUCCUGGCAGAAGGGGUGAUGAGUGGACACGAACUCUUCGUUGCUUCUGCUCAAGAUCACCCUGAUGACAUCGUAAAGGAUCUUCCAUCUCCACUUCAGGAUGAAGAUCCAGAGUUUAAAACCGUAUCAUCAUCAAAUCUGGAUCAGCAAGAUGCCAUGAAAAUUGCCUGGCGCUACCAGAACCUUCCUAAGGUCCAGACUGUGUUGUCCUCUUCAUCCCGGUUUGGUCAUUAUUAUGACCUCUCCAAACAUAUGGAGCAAGAUCUUCUACAAAAUGCCAAGAUUCACACUUUCUACCUGCAUGAAGAGCAAACAGCACCUACACAUCUCAGUGGUGUUCUUGGCCCCUACUCUGUGUUACUGCAGUCUAUCCAGUUGUUAAUCAAACAAAAUGGCUUUGAUGGCUCAAACUCACAGGUGAAGACUUGUAAUGUGCUACGACUUGCUCUUCACUCUCUGGGGUCAGCACUAUGGGGUGAUAAUGUGUGUGUUAGCCCUGCCCACAAUCACACCAUGUUGACCUUUCUCUAUGCCCUCCGAGCCCUCCUGCGCUCCUCCCUUUCUGUUGCUAUGGUGACAGUACCCACUCACCUCAUCAGGAAUAAAUUAAUAAGAGGGAGGAUGAUCAGACUGUGUGAUACAGCUAUUGCUUUGCAAUCGUUCUCAGAUGCAGAGAGAAACAACAACCCACUUUAUAAGGACUACCAUGGUCUCCUGCAUGUUAUCCAAGUUCCUCGGUUGAACUGUUUGGGGUGUGAAGUUCCAGAUACAAAGGACCUCGCAUUCAGACUGAAGAGGAAACAGUUCACCAUCGAGAGGAUGUAUUUGCCCCCUGAUCUCUCUGACUCAGUAAGUCGGGUCAGCAAAGUACAGCGUACGCCAGUUUGUACUUCUGAUGGAAACAAACACCUGGACUUCUAGAGUGCACCCAUCCCCUUUCAUGUUAAUGUCUAUCCCUUCCCAUUGAAUAAAAUAAAAGUUGUUACUCAAAAGGACCAAAUGUUGUGAUAUUUUAAUCUUAAUUACUGUUGAUAGUGUUGAUAUUACUGUUGACCUGUGACAUGAUAGAGAGAGAGUAGUGCUUGUAACCCUGUCAUUUUUGUUAGGAUUAUUAGGGAUCCAAUCACCGAACCCAAGAACACCAAAGGGAGUGCAUUGGUACAUUGACCAUUGGCCAUUGUCUCCUAUACUGCACUGUUUUAAACGUCUUGGACUUGUUUGUAAGGUUGUAGCUGCAUCACUUAAUUCUUUCCAGCCAGUCCAUCCUGUUACGUCCCUGGACGUAAGUUAUUCUUUUUUUAAUUUUAUUUUAUUUGCAUUUGUAUGUGUCUUAUAUGUUGUACUGCGUGCUACAGAUUGUGCGCAGUCUGCAUCUCUCUCUCUCUCUCUCUCUCUCUCUCGCUCUCGCUCUCUCCAGAGGGUGGAGUAUAUUGUGGCAGUCCAGUGUGUGCUGCAGAGAGAGACACUCUUCUCCCCUGCUCCAGACUGAAUUUAGUAGUUUCAGGAUUAUAGUUGCUAACCUGAGUUUGAGUUGUGAAUUAGCAGUGGCUAAUAGUGCUACAGUUGUGAACUGUGUCAGGAGGUAGUGCUUGUUCUGCUUAUUUAAGAUAAGUACAAGAUCAUGUUCUUUUGAAUUCUGUUCUUGGUAUUUUGCUGAGAGUAAAAAAAAGGGAAGCUGUAGGGGGAGAGUGCCUUUUUCUUUAGAUACUACGUUCAUCCCUGUUUUUGGUUCAGUUAGGGAGUUGAGGGAAGAUUUAUGCUGUUUAUUUCUCUUUUCUUUUGGGUGUUUGAGGUAAGUUAGUUAGAGAACUGCUUGUGUGUGUUAUUUUAGGCCUGGCUCUCUCCUGAGCCAUUGCUCCCUAUCUCCUUAUGUUAAACUUAUUGUCCUUUUUUUUUUUUUUUUUUUUUUUUUUUUUGUAAAUAAAUCUCCACUUUUGUAUAUGUCGGAAUUGGUGUCAUCUUCACUCUGGGACAGAGGACUGAAGUGUGUUCUUGCCGUUUCUUUUAAUUUUAUGCCUUUUCAUUUGUUACUUCCCCUCACAAUCCCCUAGACAGGAGGGGAACGUAACAAUCCAUCCAUGACAUCAUUCACAUUUUCUCUUAUUAGAAGCAGAAACCUAAUUAUAGCAACUUGACUCUGAUUAAAUGUAGUAUCUGCUCUUUUCUUUUUAAUGUAUUGUGGUUCUUCAAUAUCAUGAUGUCAUGAUUGCUAAUAAUAAAAUAAUAAUUAUC